GAGAUGUGUAGCCCAAAUUUUAAUACUAAAACCAGACAAUGAAAAUCCCAAGCCCAAUUUCUCUGAACCCAAUAAAGAAAACCAAGCCGCACAGGCGUACGUUAGCCCCUCCCGCCAUAAACCCCCACACUCUAUUCCCCAUCGUCAGCCAAAGGGAAAAACUUCCGUUCAUCUCUUCCGAGACCACCCGUUAGAACCCUCUCCAGUCACCCUCUCACAACCGUCAGAUCUUCCGGAAUGGACCCACUCUUAGACAGAAUCAAUGUCCGCGAUCUGCUCUCGGGCCACGACCUCUCUGACCCCUCGACACCACUGUCCGCACCGGAUCUCCGCCUUCUCAUCAACCGCCUCGAAUCCCAUUCUCUUCACAUCAAAUCAAAAGUCCGUUCUUACCUACUUUCUCACUACAACGACUUUGCCUCCCUCUUCUCACUCUGCAACGACGCGAUUCUAAAAACCGACCAAAUAUCCAACAGCCUUUCCGAUAUUCUCUCGUUAGUCUCCGACCGUCCGAUCGAUGUUGAGAUCCGUGAGUUGGUUGAUGAGAUUGGAAGGAAAACGAAGGAGGCUAGGGAGAAGAGGGAAUUACUAGGGUUGUUGAGGGUAAUUGUGGGGAUUUGCGAGAGAUUAGAAGGCGCUAGGUCGGCGUUGAGAAAUGGACGGCUCAGCUUCGUCGCUGAGGAAGUUAAGGAGUUGAACAAGGCUUUGAGGAUUGGCGAUGAAGAAGAAGGAGAGCCUAUUGUGUAUGGUUUAUUGAGGAAACAGUGGGCGGAUUUGUUUGAUGAGAUGCAAGAGUUGCUUGCCAAGUUCAUGGAAAAUGCAGUUCGGUUUGACCAGGAAGCUAGAUCAAUCCGGGUGAAGUAUAGAUUACGUGUUGAUGAAAUUGAUGGGAUUGAACUUCAUACAGUUUUGGAAGCAAUGGAUGUUGCUGGAAUUUUGGAUUAUAGUCUUGCUAAAGUAGCUGACUUGAUAAUCAAGCAUGUCAUGACUCCAGCUGUAAAUUAUGAAUUGCCUGUAACUUUUGUGGAAGAUGUAGAUCAAGGUUCAGAAGGAAUCACAGAGGCAGUAUUGAAUAUAUUACCUUCACAAGAUUGCAAGAUUGUAGAUGUGGAUGGUGAUGCUAUCUAUGCAAGAGUUAUUCAGGUUAUCAGGUUUAUUUUCAAGCACAUUUGCUUCGAAAAUGGUUCAUGGAUUCAUUCUUUUGGAAGGUUAACUUGGCCAAGGAUAUCAGAUCUUAUUAUUUCCAACUUUCUCUCAAAGGUUGUUCCUGAAGAUGCCUCAAAACUUGCUGACUUUCAGAAGAUAAUCAAAUGUACGGCAGAAUUUGAGAUUGCUUUAAAAGAAAUGAUGUUCAUAUCAGCAUCCGAUAACAAGGAUGACAGGUUGAGCAACUUUGCUGAAAAUGUUGAGGUUCACUUUGCAUUUAGGAAGAGAACUGAAAUUUUGGGAAAAGCUAGAAAUUUACUCCUGCAGUGUGAUUUCUCUGUUCCUCAAGAGAAUACUGCCAAAGGCUCUUUACUGAAGAAUGAUGGAAAGGUUAUACAUUCUUCCAAACAUGUUGAUUUGCUUUUCUCAUCUGAGAGGUGUGUGGUAUCAGAAGCAGCCUCCCAACUGAUGGAGCUAGUGCAUCAGGCACUUCAGGAUGUUUGCUUGUCAUCCACCAGAGUUGCUUUGGAAUUCUAUCAUGCUGCCAGAGAUGCUAUACUUCUUUAUGAAGCUGUCGUUCCAGUCAAGCUAGAAAGGCAGCUCGACGGUAUCAAUCAGGUUGCUGUUCUCAUGCACAAUGAUUGUCUGUAUUUAUCUCAGGAGAUACUUGGGCUUGCAUUUGAGUAUCGCUCAGACUUUCCAGAUUCAAUCAAGGAACAUGCUGUCUUUGCUGAUAUGGCUCCAAGAUUUCAUCUCAUGGCUGAAGAAAUUCUGCAGGGGCAAAUCCAGCUUGUUAUUUUUAAUUUGAGAGAGGCUAUAGAUGGUGCUGAUGGAUUUCAAAAUACCCAUCAAAUGCAACAAUUUGAAUCUGCAAAAUUCAGCAUAGAUCAGGUUGCUUUUGUUCUCGAGAAAGUACAUAUUAUAUGGGAGCCACUCUUACUGCCUUUAACUUAUAAGAGAAGUAUGUGCAUGGUUCUAGAUUCUGUCUUCUCUAGAAUCACAAGAGACAUACUUUUGCUUGAUGAUUUGGCAGCAGAAGAAACAUUACAGCUCCAAAGACUGAUCCAUUUGAUGCUGGACAACCUUUCUUCUUUAUUGAAAUCUCUGAUUGCUAUCAAUUCAAAAGGGAAGUCAGAAGAAGACUCAAGACGUCCUAUAGAUGAUCUCGUACCAUCUUUGUGUAAAAUUCGCAAACUAGCAGAAUUGUUAGAUAUGCCUUUAAAAUCCAUCACAUCUGAGUGGGAAAGUGCAGAACUUCUAAGAUGUGGUUUUACAAUGGUAGAGUUGAAAGAUUUCAUCAGAGCAAUAUUUGCUGAUUCACCAUUGAGAAAAGAAUGCCUGUGGAGGAUAGAAAACGUCAGUUUGUAGAGGUUGGCGGUUUCCUUUGGACUUUUGUAACACUCUGCCCUGCUCAAAAACCCAAAGGAAUACGGCCAAUGAAGAGAAAAAACAAAGGAAACCAAACAGUUGCCUUUUAGCUUACUUGUAAAGGUGGAUUUACAAUGGAGGCAGCUGUCUGCCCCCACUAAAAUGUUGAAUACUUAUGGAUAGUAUUAUGCGACGGUGAGCACACCCAACUCAUCAUAUUCACGUGCUAUAGAAUUGCUUCUUCACCAGC